UCACAAUAAGAGUCCCUCCUGCAGCGCCCACUGCACAUCUCUCACUCACACUGGGGAUAAAUAAACCGAUUUAAAAUAAUGCGGAUUAAAAAACGGACUGGAUUAACUGGUGAUAAACUCCUGUGUGAUGGGGUUUAAUGGAGGGAGCGGCAUCUGCAGGUGUUUCAUUUAGAAGCUGGUCUUCAGCAGUGUUUUCCAGCCCUAAUAGCAGUUUCAGGUCAGCUCAGGUGAUGCUACAGGAUGGAGUCUGAGCUGUUAACUGGCUGGCAGAAUGAGAGGGCGGAGCUGAGGGAGGAGUUAUCCAGACUGGAGGAGGAGCUUGCCGAGAGCCGGGCAGAAAGGGAUGAGCUCCAGUCUCGGACAGAGGCACUAACCUUGCGGCUCUCUCGAGUGGUAGACCCCCCUGUGGCAUUGGGGAUGGAUGGUGAUCAGAGGGAGUGGAGGAGGAGAGUGAGAGAGGGGCGAGAGAGGGAGGCUCGGCAAGCUCUGCUCAUCCACAAACUGCAGCAAAAGGUGUUGGAGUACAGGGCACGCUGUGAGCGGAUGGAGCACCAGGUUCUAACAGAGGAGAGAGAGCGCAGAGCGAAAGAGAGAGUGCUGAGAGACGAGCACAGUGAUACUCUAGAGAGCACCCUCAUCAGGCUGGAGGAGGAACAGCAGAGGAGUGUGGCGUUGGUGGAGGUGAAUGCUUUACUGCGCUCUCAACUCAGCCAAUCAGCAGAGGCCAACCAAACCCUGCAGGACGAUCUCAGGAAGCUGACAGCAGAUUGGUCGAGAGCAGUGGAAGAGGCGGGGCAGAGGGAGAUUGAUUGGCAAAAAGAGAAAGAGGUCCUGGUGGGGUGUGUAUCUGCAGAGCGGGCCAGGCUGAUGAUGCUGUGGGGUAAAGCUGUGUCUCUGAGGCGUCAGUGCCACACUGUGAAAACCGCCACAGACAAGGAUCUGUGGGAGUUGAGGGCGGAGUUUUCUCGUCUGUCAUCAACCUUGUUCUCAAUGGGUUUCCCUCCCGUGGUGCCCCGCCCCUCCGUCCUCUCCUCCUCCACCGGGCCAAUGACCCUUGAGGAACUGAACCAGGAAACGUCCACCACUAACCAUCUAGAUGAUCAGGAGAGCCUCACCCAGCAGCUCAGGUCUAGGAUUGAAGAGUUAACAGUGACUGUCCAAGCCCUGGAGAGUGAGAGACAGAGGCAGGAGGAGGAGAGAGAGAGGAGGCAAAGAGAGGAAGAGGAGGAGAGAGAGAUGAGGCAGAGAGAGGAAGAGGAGGAGAUGGAGAAACACCAAGAGACUGAGAGAAACCUGGAGUCGGUCCAGCAGGCUGUCAAAAAGCUGUACAGGGUGCUCAGUUCUCAGAAGCUGGAGGGACAGUCCAGGAUGAGUGACCACUCUAAUAACGGUCUGCCUGCUCUACUGGCUAUUAUUGCUCAGGCUGAGAGCGCCCUCCUGUGGAAACACCAGGAGCUGCAGGAGGCUGAGGGGAGUUUGCAGAGAAUGAAGCUGGAAACACACUCUCAGGAUCAGCGAAUCACAGAGAUAGACAGAGAGAUGGCGGAGUUAGAGGAUCAGCUCAGCAACAAAGAGGCGGAGUUACAGCGUGCUAACACACAACUCAGCAGUGAGAGAGAGAUGGUGGCGUGUGUUCAGAAGCAGCUGGAGGAGAGCCAGUGGCGGGAGGAGGAGCUAAGGAGAGAGCAUGAGCGGCUGACUGAGCAAAGAGCAAGAGAGGAGGAGGAGAGACAGGAACAGCAAAGAGAGACACAGAGACGUUUGGAGGCGGAGCUUCUGGAGAACGCACAGCUGUGCGAGAGGGAGAGCCGCAGCCGUGUGGAGCUGCACAGCCUGCAGGGGGCGCUGGAGAGAGAGCGGCUGGACAGAGCACGGGCCGAGAAGGAGGCGGAGGAGAAUAAGGAUGCUCUGCUGCAGGCUCGUCAGUCCCUGCUAUCUCUCUCGUCCGCUCACACUCUGCUGAAGAGAGAAGCAGCAGAUGUAAGAGAUGCUCUGGAGAAAAUGUCCGCCUUAAAUGAAGCCCUGGUCCAGGAUAAGAGAGAGCACAACAUCCGCACACUACAGCUGGAGGAGGAGGUGGCUGAAGCUCAGUUAAAGCUGCAGAAGUUCAGCUCUGAGGUGGCGGCCCUGCAGAGGGAGCUGAAGGCUGUUACAGUGGAAACAGCAGAGUUAAGGGUUGGCAGGGAGACGGAUCUGGACGUCCUUCAGCAGCUCAGAGCUGGAGAGAGAGAGCUACAGACAGAAAUACAGACACUGAGAGAGGAGAGAGAGCAAGAGACAUCUGCUCUAGCUGAGGAGAGAGAGAAGAAUGAACAGCUGUGUGAGCAGUACAGGGUGGUGUGUGAUGAUCUGGCUGAAGCUCAGGAGGAGCUGAGCCGAGCAGCGGAGCGAGAGAGGAGAGCGGAGAGAGAGAAAGAGGAGGUGGAGAGAGAGAGAGAGCAGCUGGAGGAGAGAGUAAACGCUGUGGAGAGAGAGAGGGAUGAGAUACAACAGGACAGAGAUGAGCUCAGGGAUUUAAGUGCACGUCUGCAGCAGCAGCUGGGUGAUGUUCAGGACCAUGUCUCGUUUCUGGAGGUCCAGCGCUCACAGCUCGAGCUGCAGGUCCAAACCCUCCUGCAGGCUAAAGAUGCUCUACAAGGUGAAGUGGAGUGCGUGAGGACAGCCCUGGAAAGAGAGACGGCUCUGAGGGAGAAGGAGCGCAAUGGAGCGAAGGAGGAGAGGAGGAGGAGUGAAACAGAGAAGGAGGAGAGCGAAGCAGAGCUGAAAAAGCUGCUGAGAGAUUUAGAGCAGCACCGAACGAGAGAGGCGGAGCAGGAGAGGGAACGAGAGAGCUGGCAGAGAGAGAGGGAGGAGCUAAGUGCGGAGCUGGGGCAGAGAGAUGGAGAGAUGGAGGCGCUGAGGAGCAGGAUGGAGGCGCUUACCAAAGAAAACGAGGAGCAAUCUGAGCGGGCAAGUGAGAGCAUGAUGGAGGCGGAGCGACGGCUGCAGGAAACGAGGGAGGAAGUGGAGAGGUGGAGGCAGAGGGCGGAGGAAAGCCGGCGGGAGAGAGAGAAAGAGCGAGAGAUGCUGGAGAAGAAGGUGGAGGAGUUGAAGGAAAGAGCAGAGGAGGAGAAGAGACUGAGAGAAAGAGCGAGAGAGGAGCAGGAGAAGCAAUGGAUGAAAGAGAGGAGAGAUCUGGAGAAAGCAGCCAAAGAAGCAAGGGAUGAGGCGGAGCGAUGGAGGAGGAGAGCGGGAGAGAUGGAGAGAGUGGAGGAAGAGCGAGACGAGUUGACGAGGUUGCUGAGAGAAAGAGAGGAAGAGAUGAAGAAAAAGGAGGAUGAGAUAAAGGAACUGAGGUCCAGCCUCCAUUCCUUAGAGGAAGAGAUGGAGGGAUUAGAGAAAGAGGUGAAGGAGAAGGAGGGAUUAGAGGAACGAGCGAUGAUUCUGGAGGAUGAAAAAACACAGCUGGAGGAAAGAGAGAGAGCUAGAGACAGAGAAUGGAGCAAGUUGGAAGAGGUGCAGAAGGAUGAAAAGAGCAAGAUGAAAAGAGAGUUAGACCAGAGAGAAGGAGAGAUAGAUGAGCUCCGAAGAAGGAUGGAGGGAAUAACGGAGGACAGAGACGAAACAGAGGAUAAACUGAGGGAGAAGAACGCAGAGUUAGAGGAACUGUGGGAAGAACGGACAGAAUUAGAGCUGAGGAUAAAGAAGGGAGAAGAAAGAGAGGAGGGAUGGAAGAAGCUGGUGGAGACAGAAAGGAUGAGAGCAGAGGAGAAGAGGACAGAAGUGGAGGAGAAGCUGGAAGGAGAGAUGGAGGAGCUCAGAAGAAGGAUGGAGGGAGCAAUGAAAGAGAAGAACACAGAAUUAGAGAAAGUGAGGGAAGAACGGAUGGAGCUAGAGUGGAGGAUUAAGGAGAGAGAAGAAAGAGAGGAGGAAAGAAAGAAGCAAGCAGAGGAGAAAAGGAUCAGAGCAGAGGAAAAGAUAAAAGGAGAAAUGGAGGCACUGAAAAGAGGAAUGGAGAGAAUAAUGGAGGAGAAAAAACUGGCUGAGGACAAAUUGAGGGUGAAAGCAGCUGAGUUGGAUGAACUGAAAGAAGAAAGGAUGGAGCUGGAGUCGAGGAUGAAGGAGAGAGAAGAAAGAGAGGAGGAAUGGAAGGAACUGGCAGAGAAGGAGAAAAUCCGUGUGGAGGAGAAGCUGAAAAAAGAGAUGGAGGAGCUCAGGAAAAGGAUGGAGAGAAAAGUAAAGGAGAAGAACUCAGAAUUAGAGAAAUCAAGGGAAGAACGGAUGGAGUUAGAGCUGAGGAUGAAGGAGAGAGAAGAGGGAGAGGAGGAAAGAAAGAAGCAGGUGGUGGAGAGGAGGAACAGAGCAGAGGAGAAGAUGAAAAGAGAAAUGGAGGCGCUGAAAAGAAGGAUGGAGAGAAUAAUAGAGGAGAGGAACAAGACCGAGGAUAAACUGAGAGAGAAGAAGGCAGAGUUGGAGGAACUGAAGGAAGAAAAGAUGGAGUUGGAGUUGAGGAUGAAUGAGAGAGAAGAAAGAGAGGAGGAACAGAGGAUGCUGGCUGAGGAAGAAAAAAUGAGAGAGGAGGAGAGGAGAAUACAAGCUGAGGAGGAGAUGAAAGAAGAGAUGGAGGAGCUCAGAAGAAGGAUGGAGGGAAUAACGGAGGAGAGAAACAGUGCGGAGGACAAACUGAGGGAAAAGGUAGCGGAGUUGGAGGAACUGAAAGAAGAACGGACAGAGUUUGAGUUGAGGAUGAAUGAAAGGGAAGAAGGAGAGAAAGAACAGAGGAAGCUGGAUGAGGAAGAAAGAUUGAGGGUGGAGGAGAAGCUGAAAGGAGAGAUGGAGGAGCUCAGAAGAAGGAUGGAGGGAAUAACAGAGGAGAGAAAUGAUGCGGAGGAAAACCUCAGACAGAAGAACGCAGAAUUAGAGAAACUGAAAGCGGAACGGACAGAGCUGGAGUUAAGGAUGAACGAGAGAGAAGAAAGAGAGGAGGAAUGGAAGGAGCUGGCAGAGAAGGAGAAAAUCCAUGUGGAGGAGAAGCUGAAAAAAGAGAUGGAGGAGCUCAGGAAAAGGAUGGAGAGAACACUAAAGGAGAAGAACUCAGAAUUAGAGAAAUUGAGAAAAGAACGGAUGGAGUUGGAGUUGAGGAUGAAGGAGAGAGAAGAAAGAGAGGAGGAAACAAAGAUGCUGGUGGAAGAGGAGAAGAUUAGGAUGGAGGAGAGGACAAACCAAGUGGAGGAAAAGUUGAAGAGAGAGAUGGCUGAACUUAGAAGAAGGAUGGAGGGAAUAACAAAUGAGAGAAACGCGGCAGAGGAUGAACUGAGGGAGAAAAACACUGAAUUGGAGAAACUGAGGGAAGAACAGAUGGAGAUGGAGUUGAGGAUGAACGAGCGAGAAGAAAGAGAGGAGGAAAGGAGGAAGCUGGCAGAGAAGGAGAAGAUUAGGGUGGAGCAGAAGCUGAAAGGAGAGAUGGAGGAGCUCAGGAGAAGGAUGGAGAGAACACUAAAGGAGAAGAACUCUGAUUUAGAGAAAUUGAGGAAUGAUCGGAUGGACUUGGAGUUGAGGAUGAAGGAGAGAGAAGAAAGAGAGGAGGAAACAAAGAUGCUGGUAGAGGAAGAAAGGAUAAAAGUGGAAGAGAGUAGGAACAGAGCAGAGGAGAAGCUUAAAGGAGAGAUGGAGGUCCUCAGAAGAAGGAUGGAGGGAAUAACAGAGGAGAGAAAUGUGGCAGAGGAUGAACUGAGGGAGAAGAAUGCUGAUUUGGAGAAUUUGAGAGAAGAACGGAUGGAGUUGGAGUUGAGGAUGAAGGAAAGAGAAGAAAGAGAGGAGGAAUGGAAGAAGCUGGAGGAGGGGAGGAGAAACCGAGUAGAGGAGAAGCUGAAAGGAGAACUAGAGGUGCUUAAAAGAAGGAUGGAGAGAAUAACGGAGGAGAGAAACGAGGUGGAGGACAAACUGAGAGAGGAACGGACAGAGUUGGAGCUGAGGAUGAAGCAAAGAGAAGAAAGAGAGGAGGAAUGGAAGAAGCUGUCUGAGGAAGAAAAGAUGAGGUUUGAGGAGAAGCUGAAAGGAGAGGUGGAGAGGAAGGAUGGAGAGAUAGAAGUUCUGAAAAGAAGGAUGGAGGGAAUAAUUAAGGAGAAGAACAUUUCAGAGGAUGCAGUGAGGGAAGAACGGAUCAAGUCGGAACUGAGGAUGAAGGAGAUAGAAGUAAGAGAGGAGGAAAAGAAAAAGAUGGAAGAAGAGAUGAAGCAGACCAGAGCGAGGAUGGAGGAGAUGGAGCGAGAGAGCAAAGAAAUGAGUAAAAGAAGAGCAGAAGAACGAGAGGAAGAGCUGGAGAAACAGACCCGACUUCUAAGAACAAGAGAGCAGGACUCUCUCAGACUGAGACAAACGAUAGAGCGACAAGAAAAAGAGGAGAAGGAGAGGCGGGACGAGGUGGUGAAGCUGAGGGAGAACCUGAAGGAGGCGAGGGCGGAGCUGGAGAACGAGAGAAACCUGCGCAGAGAAAGAGAGAGAGAGCUGUCUGACCAUACGCUAACACUCCACCUGGAGCAGAGCCGGGCGGACGGAGAGAGGGAGCGAGUGCGAGUGACGGAAGAGAGGAGCGAGAGACUGAGGGUGGAGCUGGAUAAACUGUCACGCCUCGUUAGAGAGAGUGAUGGAGAGAUUCGUAGGCUGAAAAUGAGAGCGGAGGACGGAGAGAGAGAGAAGGAACGAGCCGAGGAGGCUCUGAGGCGGGCAGAAGAAGGGAUGAAGCAGCUGAGAGAAAGACGGGUGGAGGAAGAGAUUGCGAGGAUCAAGGUGGAGGAGCUUCAGCGAGAACACCUCAGCCUGGAGGAGGAGGUGAAGAGGAGGGAGAGAGACCUCAGCGCUCUGAGGGAGGAGAGCCGGAGAGAGAGAGACAGGGUGGAGCAGAAGGAGGAGGAGCUGAAGGAGGCGAGGAAGCAGAUGGAGGAGAUGGUGCUGAGGGUGGAGGCUCUCAGGCGGGAGGUGGCGAGGCUCUCGGAGGAGCGGGAGGCGGAGAGAGUGAAGGUGAGGGAGCGAGAGGAGGAGAAGGAGAAGAUGAGGGAAGGACUGAGAGCCGGACUGCAGGAGAUGACCACGCUGAGGGAGCUCCUGCAGGAGAGCCACCGAGAGGGGGAGCAUCUGAGGAGCGUUUUAAAGGAGAAGAAAGAAGAACUGAUGAGAGGAAGAGAGGAGGACGUGAGGACGGCCAGAAAAGAAGCAGAAGAUCUGCGGCUCAGAGUUCAGGUUCUGCAGAAGGAGAAGGAGGAGCUCCAGGAGAGGCUGCAGCGGCCAGAGUCAGAACUGAUGAUGGAGGAAGGAGAAGUGAGGAGGAUGGAGGAGCUGGAGGAGCAGCUGCAGAGUUUACAGAUUAAAGCAGAGCAGAGAGAGAGAGACUUGGUCAGAGAACGAGGGAGAAUUAAAGAGCUGGAGGAACGGAGGAGGAACCUGAGCAGAGAGGUGAAGCAGAAGAGCAGAGACGUGGAGGAACUGAGGAACCGAGUGGCGGAGAAAAAACAGCAGCUAGAAGAUCUUGAGCAGAGGAUGGAGUCGCUGAGGAAGGAGGAGCAGGAGUGGCAGAGUGAGAUGGAAGAGAAAGAGAGAGGAAUUGAACGAAUGGAUGUGGAGGUGAGAGAGAAGGAAAGAGCACAGAGGACAAAUGAAGGUAAAGAAGAACAGAUCUCCCUGCAGGACAGAGAGAGAGAGGAGCUGAAGAAGCGUCUGAGAGACAGAGAGUCGGAGGUGUUUUCUCUGAAAGACAGAAUGGAGGAGCUGGGGAAAGACAGACAGCGGAUGAGAAGCGCUCUGGAGAAGACUGAGGCGAAGUUGAUCGAGUAUAAAGAGAGAGUUCAGCAGCUGGAGAGAAGAACAGGAGAGAGUGGUGCAGUGGAGACAGAUGGAGGAGAAGGUGGAGGAGAGCGGGUCAGUACCAUGCAGAGAGCCGUAGCUCAGCUGGAGCUCCAGCAGAGGGCGCUGCAGCAGAGAAACAGCAGGCAGGAACAGCGGAUCGAGAAACUGAAGACUGAGAGACAGCAGCUCCGUCUUACCCUGCAGCAGGUUGAAAUGGAGAGGACCAAACUGAAACAUCAGCUUUCACAAUCUGACAAUCCAACUCAGGAUAGCGGCGCUCCGGCUGAUGCUGAUGAACUGAAGAGGCUGAGAGAACGUGUAGGAGAACUGACAGAACAGGUUGAGUAUCUGCGGCGGAUGCUGGCUCAGGAUCAUCAGGAGCGCUCUGAGUUUAUCGACCGCUCUCUGAAGAACAGUGACCGGCUGCAGUCUCUGAGAGAAGACCUGAGCCAGUCUCUGGCCGUCGUGUCCCAGCAGCUCGAUCCUCCGGUUCUGGAGUCUGAAACCCAGAGACUGGACCUCAGCAUCCGAGAGGAGGAACACAGACUUUCCCUGAGCCAGAACUGACGGGACCUCCAGCUCACUGCACUGACAGUAGAGGAGGACAGUGCUGACAGUGUGAUUGUAGCAGUUGUUGUAAUUGUUCAGGGUUCAUUAUUCCAGAUGUUCGUUACUACAUUAAAUGACUGAUCUUUGUAUUUAAGUAUUAUAUUUUUUACACUAUAUUUAUUUUUUUAUACGGAUAUAUAUUGAUGAAAUCCCAUUUUGGUUUAUUUUACUUUGGUUAAUAAAGUAAUAAAUAAAAUAAAAUA